AUAUGGUCAAAGCUGGGCGAGGGCGGCUCGCGGACUCGGCUUCCGGGUUGGGGAGACUCGGCCGCCGCCUGCGCCCGCGGAGCUGCCAGACCGGACCGAGUGCGCGAGCGCUGUGCCGCCGCCAGGGCCAGGAUGCCGUACGAGAUCAAGCAGGUGUUCGCCAGCCUGCCCCAGGUGGAGCGCGGCGCCUCCAAGAUCCUCGGCGGGGACCCCAGAGGUCACAACUUCCUCUACACCAAUGGCAAGUGCGUCAUCAUCCGGAACCUGGAGAACCCGGCCAUCGCAGACAUCUACACGGAGCACGCGCAUCAGGUGGUGGUGGCCAAGUACGCGCCCAGCGGCUUCUACAUCGCUUCCGGAGACGUCUCCGGGAAGCUGCGCAUCUGGGACACCACCCAGAAGGAGCAUCUCCUCAAGUACGAGUACCAGCCUUUUGCCGGCAAGAUCAAGGACGUGGCCUGGACUGAGGACAGCAAGAGGAUCGCGGUGGUCGGGGAGGGGAGAGAGAAGUUUGGAGCGGUCUUCCUCUGGGACACCGGCUCCUCCGUCGGGGAGGUGACCGGACAUAACAAAGUGAUCAACAGCGUCGACAUCAAGCAGACCAGGCCUUACCGGCUGGUCACGGGCAGCGACGACAACUGCGCGGCUUUCUUCGAGGGGCCGCCGUUCAAGUUCAAGUUCACCAUCGGCGACCACGGCCGAUUCGUCAACUGCGUCAGGUUCUCUCCGGAUGGGAGCAGAUUCGCCACGGCGGGCGCCGACGGCCAGAUCUACAUCUACGAUGGGAAGACGGGAGAGAAAGUCUGUGCCCUGGGAGGAAGCAAGGCUCACGAGGGGGGCAUCUACGCCAUCAGCUGGAGCCCCGACGGCAGCCACCUGCUCUCCGCUUCCGGAGACAAGACGGCCAAAAUGUGGGACGUGGGCGCGAACUCGGUGGUGAACACUUUCGCCAUGGGCUCGACCGUGCUGGACCAGCAGCUGGGCUGCCUCUGGCAGAAGGACUACUUGAUAAGCCUUUCCCUCUCGGGCUACAUCAACUACCUGGACAAGAACAACCCCGAUAAGCCGCUGCGGGUCAUCAAGGGCCACAGCAAGUCCAUCCAGUGCUUGACGGUUCAUAAAAACGGUGGCAAAUCGUACAUCUACUCGGGGAGCCACGAUGGACACAUCAAUUACUGGGAUUCUGAGACGGGCGAGAACGACUCCUUUGCCGGGAAGGGCCACACCAACCAGGUGUCCAGGAUGGCCGUGGACGAGGCCGGCCGGCUGGUCAGCUGCAGCAUGGACGACACCGUGCGCUACACCGACCUCAGCCUGAGGGACUACAGUGGGCAGAGCGUCGUGAAACUGGACGUGCAACCCAAGUGUGUGGCGGUCGGGCCUGGGGGCUAUGCAGUGGUCGUGUGCAUCGGCCAGAUCGUCUUGAUGAAGGACCAGAGGAAGUGCUUCAGCAUCGAGGAUCCCGGCUAUGAGCCCGAAGUUGUGGCUGUGCACCCGUCAGGAAGCACUGCGGCCGUGGGCGGAGCAGACGGGAACGUCCGGCUGUACACGAUCCAGGGGGCGGCGCUGCAGCGCGAGGACAAGCUCCUGGAGGCCAAGGGGCCCGUGACGGACCUGGCCUACUCCCACGACGGGGCCUUCCUCGCCGUCUGCGACGCCAGCAAGGUGGUCACCGUCUUCAGUGUGGCCGACGGUUACUCGGAGAACAAUGUCUUCUACGGGCAUCACGCAAAGAUCGUCUGCAUCGCCUGGUCCCCGGACAACGAGCACUUUGCCUCGGGGGGCAUGGACAUGAUGGUCUACGUCUGGACCCUGAGCGACCCAGAGACUCGGGUCAAGAUCCAAGACGCCCACAGGUUGCACCACGUCAGCAGCCUGGCCUGGCUGGACGAGCACACGCUGGUCACCACCUCCCACGAUGCCUCGGUCAAAGAGUGGACAAUCUCCUACUAGCACCGGGGCCGCCCGGCCCUAUCCGGAAGGACCCGAUCAGGGACUUUCCUCGGCCACGCGGCCUCGGGGAGCAGGACCGCCAGCCGUUAUCCUCCUCUCUCUACAGGGUGUUCUUGUCUGUCCGUGUAUUUCGAAAGCUUUAGCCACUGACGGUUUGCACAUUUAAAAAAGAAAAGAAGCACUCAAGGGUCCCGGGGAGCGGGGGGGCCCAACUCCACUGCUGAACAUUCCGGAAGGAAGGGCCACCAACGGGGCUCGCCCCCGGCCCUCCUCUUUGCCCUCCGGGCCCGGGGCUGCCGGCCGCGCAGACGGGGGCACUGGGGCAUCCGGGCAGGCCCACCCCGCCCCGGCUCCUCGUGGGGACCGCGCCGGCCCAGAGCCCCUCGCCCAUGGGCGGGGCAGACGCGGGCGCCGGCUCCACCUCCGGGCUCUUGCUUCAUCCUAAAGAUGCAAACGUGGUUUGUCCCUCUGUCCUCACACCGGGGCCGGUGGCGGUCGCAGUGCCAUCCCUGGAUCGGGCUCCCUGCGCCCCCGGCCGGCUCCGCCCCUCCUCGGCCUCCCCUGAGGCUCAAAAACGAAAUCACUGUAAGCUGGUCACUGGCCCCCACCUUACCUUUUCCAGUGCAGAAAUUAAAGUACGAAGCAGCACGG